GGAAGUGCAGUUCUCGUCCAUCAGAGGGCAACAAACUGCAGGAGGUGGCAGGCAGCACAGACACAACUCCUGCAUGAGUUCACCUUCACUUUUUUAACUACCCCCCCCAAAACAGCUAUUUAGCUUGUCCUUCGGAUUUCCUUACAUCAUGAACGGGUCAGCAAAGUAUACUGCGCCUACCGUGCUGGGUAUACAGUUGAAAAGAGGACCACAAGGUCUAGGGUUUAACAUAGUGGGAGGUCUGGACCAGCAGUAUGUUCUGAAUGACAGUGGGAUCUAUGUGGCUAAAAUCAAAGAGAAUGGCGCAGCAGCCCUGGAUGGAAGAUUACAAGAGGGAGACAAGAUAUUGGCGAUAAAUGGCCAAAAGCUGGAGAACCUGUCACACAGUGCUGCAGUGGAGCUCUUCAGGUCAGCAGGAGAGGAUGUACAGCUACGUGUACAGCAGAGGCCCACCAUGGCCAUGAAUGGUCCCACCAGUUCCAGGCCUGACGGUGAAUCUUCUGUCUCCUCCUUGGGAAUACUUGUGGCUGUCCUGGGAGCUGCUGCAGCUGUUACUUUCCUCUACAUGCGCUUCCAGCCACAACUGAGGAGGCAUUUUUAAACCUAUGUAACUUUAUCCUCAAAGCAUUUUUUAAAGCAAAACCUGGGACUGAAAACUUUGCUGAAGGACCCCCCCC